AUGGGGAUGGGUCGACAACACACUGAUCAAACUACAGACAACGUCAUAAAGCAGGGUAUUGAAUGGAACCCACAGGGAAAGAGGAGGGUUGGGAGACCCAGGCAAACCUGGAGAAGAUCUAUAGAAGCAGAGGUAAUAGAGACAGGAUUUACCUGGGCCCAGUUGAAGAUUGUAGCCCUAAAACAGAGUCCACUGGAGAGGAAUGGUUGCGGCGGCCCCUAUGCUCCCGCUGGAGUAAACAGGAAGGAAAAAGAAAUUAUCAUCAUGAACUGUGUUAAGUGCAGUAAUCCACUUCAGGACAAAGACAACUUUUGUCCCGAGUGUGGACAGAAAGUGUUGAAAGAUACUACAGCUGGGGCAAUCCCUUGCCCCAGUACCAUUCAGGAUGAGGUCAGGACCCCUGAACCAUGUGGUGAGGAAAUCAAGGAAGGAAAGAAAUUUUGCAAUCAAUGCGGAUGGAAGAUAAAUCCUGCUUGUUUCCUACCCAGCGCAAAAAUGUGCAGUGGAAUGCUGCAGAAUGGUGCGCCUUGUGACAACAUUGUGACACCCAACGUUAUGUUCUGCUCAAAAUGUGGCACACCUCCUGACUUUGGAUCAUCAAAAACUGAGGAUAUCAACAGCAAUACCAAUAAUUCAAAUUCAUAUCCAGCUGUAGUUCAGGAACAGCUUAAAUUGGAUUCAGCACAAAAAAGUGAAGCCUCCACAAAUGAAUACAGUCAGUUGAUGAAGUUUUGUACUGUGGUAAAUGAAAAUGAAAACUCCUUAGAUUCAAAUGGAAAUUCAGUUGCCAUUUGUAGUGUGGUUGCAGACAUGAAGAACCUUUCUUGUAAGGAUGCAGAUAAAAGCAAUGAAAGCAAUGGUGUUAGAUCCAUAAAAACAGAUAAAGGUCAUGAUGAAAGGGAAAAGAAUAUCCAAGGUGUGUUUGGAGCACCACAAAGUGGAAGUACAGGGCACCUGGAUUCAACUAAACCUAGCAGCCAAAAUAAACAAUUAAACAUAGAGGAGAAAAGCAGAAAAGAUUUCGGAGACCCAAAAGAAACUUCAUUGUUAAAUGACCCUCUUAACUUACAGCAAUUUGGACAAGGCAGAGUUGAAACAACUCUUAGUUCUAAACAACCAGGUCUAAAUAGCCCAGUACAAUCCUCAUCAUCCGCAGCACAAGGAGUGCAGCAACAAGUGGAUAAAACCAAGUCUUCUCAGUCAGGAGAUAAAGCUACUACAGAAAAUGAUGUUGAAAAAUCCUCUGAUAUUUGGGUUCCACCAAAUGGAAAGCAAGAAAUUAUUUCAACAACUGAAUAUACAACCACUGCAAGUGCACAGAUUGAAAACAAAAAAGAUAAAAAGGAAGGAAAUGCUUCAGAAGAGAACCUUGAACAAAAAGUUUCUCAGGGGGAACAGAAAUCUGAGCAUAAGGACAAAGAUAGGCAAGCAACUGAAGAAGACUUAGAAGAAUCAGACAGUGAUUCUGACAGCAAGAGUGAAGAAGACUCAGACAAGGACAAAGGCAGUGAAAGCGUUAAAGAGGGAACCAAGUCAAAGAAAAGACGAAAGCAAAGAAAGAAAGGAAAAGAAAAGUACUUGCAAAAGCAGGAAAGAAGAGAAAAAAAUAGAGCAAACAAAGCAGUGUUGAAUAAAGAUGCUGCUGUUACUUCAAAUGAACUUACAACUACUUCAGCAAAGAAUACAGAAACAAAAAAGAGUGACAAAAAUUAUUCAACACCUAAUGUGGCAACAUCAAACUCAACAUCAAAGAAUGUAUCCUACACAUCUUUUACCUACCAGGGUGAUGGUGCUACAUCCAAAACACCUUAUAGAGAGAUUCCUGUGCAUUAUGUCCAAACCCAGCAACAAAGCAAUGGCUCUAAUGAUGGCAAAUCAAGCAACAGAUCUAGUGAUGGCAAAACAAGGAGUGGAUCUAGUGAUGGCAAACCACGCAAUGAAUCUGAUGAUGGCAGUAGUGUAGACCCAAAACUACUGCAAGGAAACAAAGCUACUGGAAAGGAUGAAAAUUUGACAAGCACAAAUAGUGGACAAAAGACUUUUGCCUCUGUUGUCUCAGAAAGGUAUGCUCUAGUUUGA